GCUAUGUUAUAAGAAUUUUUUUAAAAUUACAAUGAAUAAAUGCAAAUAUUGAUAGAUAAAAGAAUCGUAGUGAGAAAACAAUAAAAGGAAAAGGGGUUUUUUAGGAUUAGGGUGAAGGGAGAAAGAAGAGAGAUGGACAAUUCCGUUUUCCUUUUCAGCUCUGCAAGUCAUGGUGGUGCUUCUUCCUUUCUUAGGGAAUACCUCUCAAACUCCAACAUAAACAAUGCUGACGACUCCACCUUCUGUCUCCUCAACAAAGCCUCCAUCAUCCACUCCAUUCGUCAACGAACGGCCAACUGCUCCCUCCCCGAGGGGAUUCUUGAUUCUCUUCAGAUUAUCGAACAGCUCGAUCGCCAACAAGGCCUCCCCAUCUCCGACUCCAUGCGUGCGGCCUUUUGCGCCCUCGCUGUCCAUUACACCCUUACUUCUUUGCCCCAUUCGUGGCCCUGCUUCUUCGAUGCCGUCCAGCGGAUUUGGCGAUUCCGAAUUCGAAAUAUAGAGGAUUCCGGGACCAGCCAGCUUCUUGGUCCUGAUUUACGUAAAUGGAGAGACGAAAUAGAAGCGGCGCUUUGGGAUAAUGAGAUCUCUCAUAAGUUGUUGGGGAUCAAUACCCAAGAUGAAGCACUGCGUGCUAUUAGGGUUUAUCUGGAGGAGGCUUGCUCGUCGAUGAAGCCUGCCUUCGUUAGGCUGGAAUUGGCUUCCCCUGCGGGACCCACAAUAGAUCCUGUUCCUGCUCAAUCCCCUCCCUGUUGCACUGACAAAGGGAAAAGGAUUAUGGGGGUGAAUUCUCAAACGAGAUUCAAGCUGCGUUCAUCCCACAGGCGCUAUAAAGGACCUGUUAUCAUUUCUGCCUCUGAGGAGGACGAGCCAUCUUGCAGUAAAUAUGGCUCCCUAUCAACUCCUGAAGUUAAUAAACUGCAAGAUGAACUUAAUUCUAGUACUUUAGAAGCUGGAGUAACUGAUCCCCUCCCCAAAGCCUUAGAAGUGACUGAAACUGACGAGGUUGCAUCUAACUUGGCAAGGAAAAAUUUGCAUACUAAAGGCAUUGUGGAAGACUGCAAUAAGGACAAAGGUGUUCCUGCAACUAGUACAGAUGUUCCUUCUACAUCUUUCAAUCCUACCAUGAGACAUGCUCAAGCUGAAGAAGGCAAUCAAGGAACUCAAGCUUUCAUCCAACAGAAUAAAGUGAAUAGGCCUAGCUUAAUUGAAAGGAAUGUCUCUGACCAAGCCCCUGCUCAUCGUCAUCAUUACAUCAACAAUGGGAAAGGGAUUCUGAAGGUGAAUUCUCAAACAAGAUGCAAGCUUCGUUCUUCCCACAGGCACCAUAAAGGACUUGUUAUCAUUGCUGAUUCAGAGGAGGGCAGGCCGUCUUGCAACAAAUAUGUCUCCCUAUCAACUCCUGAAAUUAAGCAAUUGCAAGACGCACUUAAGUCCAGUAAUGCUGACUUGCGAGCUGCAGUAACUGAUCCCCUCCCUGAAGCCUUAGAAGUGGCUGAAAGGGUUGCAUCUUACAUGGCUUGGAAAAAUUUGCAUGCUAAAUCCAUUGUAGAAGAAGGCCAUAAGGACAAGGGUGUUCCUGCAACAUCUGGAAAUCCUACUGUAGAUGUUCUUGAGACAUCUGUCAAUUGUACCAUUGAAUCUGCUCAAGCUAACUGGAUAGCAGCUGACAUAGCAGGGAAGAAUUUGUGUGUUAAGGCCCUUGGAGAAGACAACAGUAAGAUGGACAGGAGUGUUCCUCCUCCAUCUGUCAAUCCUAGCAGAGUUCCUGCUCAAGACAAGGAGGGCAGUCAAGGAAAUCAAGGUUCCCUUCAUCAGAAUAAGCCCAGCUUAAUGGAAAGGAAUUGCACUGCUCGCACUUAUGAGUGGGAGGAUUCAAUUGAUGUUUCCACUGAAGAGACAGCUAGUUGUUCGAACAAGUGUCGUUUACCUAGCCCUAAGACAAAGCACGUGUCUCCAUUGAAAGAGCAUGUAAUCCGAAAAUGGGUAAGAAAAAGAAAAAUGAACAGGUGGAGCAUAGAUGAAGAAAAAGCUUUGCAGGAGGGUGUGCUCAAUUUGAUAAUGAAGGUAUGGAACGAGCUGGACACUUAUUUUAUCGUCCAAUCCUGGAGCAUUCGUAAACAGAACUUCUGGUGAUCUGAAGGACAAGUGGAGGAAUAUGGGUGGAAAAUGAUGCGUGUUAUCAUAUUUUGUUGUUGUCUUAUUGUAAUUAAAGUUCAGAUUAACUUUUUGGGUUUGAUAGUCGUUGUGUAGAUAUGUUCGCAAUUGUACAUCCUAGAAUUUUAGGUAAACCUUUAUUAGAUAAAUAAUUUUUUUCUUUUUUUGUUUUUUUUGUCAUUCCAAAUGUGAAGUGGGUUUUCUUAUCUCGGUGAAAACUGACUACUGAGAUGAAUGAAAUUUUUACCAUAAAACAAAAAUUUCUCUCCUUUUUUUUAAUGUGAAUU